CAAAAGUGCGCAAAAAACGUUUCGUUUCGUUUUUGCAGUGCCAGCAAUGGCUGCACUGUCUCCUAAAUAGGUAAAAUUUUUGGAAGUUUAUUUAAUUAACCCUAAUGAGAGAUGCAGAGCGCCUGAUCGCCUCACCAUUUCUAGCCAUCCCAGGAGAAAAACCCAUCAUGUCUCGUCUCUUUUGAACCCAUAAACUUGCUGCUUCUUUUGCUAUCAAAUACUUCUUCAGCAGAAUAUGAAUCUCAUUUGUAAGCAGCCUAGCAUGAAAAAACAGAAGAUUAUUGGAGAAUUGGAAGAAGACAGAAUCAGCCAAUUGCCAGAUAGCCUUCUUCAUUGCAUUCUGUCUUUACUUCCAACUAAAGAGGCCGUAGCAACCUCCGUAUUGUCGAAAAGGUGGACGGACCUUUGGACAUCAGUUACCAACUUAGACUUCUUAUGCCCUGACCACUACAUUACUAAAGUCAAUGGCAGGCUCGUCUACGUAACGGCAAAUGAGCAAAACCAUAGAUCCCUCCACUUCGUGGAGAGGGUCCUUCUUCUCCAUUCUGCUAAUAUCAGAAAGUUUCGUCUCCAGUCUUCGAAUCAUCUUACCAGUUCCCGUGUCAUUUCUUGGAUCUCUGCUGCCGUUAGACGUCGGGUUCAAGAGCUUCAUCUAGCAACCCAUAUGGAGUCAGUACUGAUUUUACCCCGCUGUCUUUGUACCAGCGAAAUAUUAACCGUGCUAAAAGUUGAGCGCAUGCACUGUCUUAUUCAAUUUCCUUCAAUCAUUUUCUUCUCAAGCCUCAAGACUUUAUAUCUUACUCAUGUUGAGUUUGUGGAUGAUAUUUCCCUAAAUAGACUAUUUUCUGGUCUUCCAAUUCUUGAAGAGUUGAAAUUACAUAGAUGCAAAUGGGGCAACAUACGGAAUGUUACCAUCUCUAUCCCAAGUCUAAGGAGCUUGACUUUUUAUGUUGCCUGUAACAAAAGCUCAUUCGAAUGUGAGAUCAAGGUUUAUGCAGCAAAUCUUGUAUACCUAAAUUGCUCAAGUGAUCUGUCGAUUAAUCUGCUCCUAAAUAACUUGUCUUCAUUAGUCGAUGCAUAUAUUGACAUGAAAACCUUGUGGAAUCAUCCCAAAGCGACACAAUUUGCAGCAAAUAUUAUCAAUGGGCUCCGCUGCGCUAAAACCUUAAAAAUAUCGGAAGGAACUCUUGAGGGUCUCUAUCGUAUCUAUGGGAAUUUGGAAGAGACUGUUAAUGUUUUUCCAACAUUUAGCUAUUUGACAUCCUUGGAGGUGAAUACGAUGGUGACCAACCGCAUAAGCAGAGUAUUGAUGGGGAUUUUUCGAGGUUCGCCUGUACUUGAAUCGAUUGUUAUCGAUGAGGUAUAUAAAGGAACGUGGAUGACCAAUCCUCAACCUCAUGGUUUGAAGUUUUGCCUCAAAACUUGUUGCCUUCUGGAGUUUCGUGGACGUCCGGCAGAAAUGCGUUUCGUCAAGUUUUUGCUGAAGGUUGCUACAGUGUUGGAGACUAUAAAGAUAUAUUGCUCUGAGGGUUUAACAAAAGACGAGAAGAAGCAAGAGGAGGUUACCAAAGAAUUAGGAAGGGUACCCAAACGCUCCAGUAGAUGUGGAAUUCAACUGUUGAAGUAUACCGAUCGCGAGAUAAAGAGGAAAUAUUGAUGACAUAUCUAUGAACUUUUUGUUUAAUUUUCGCCUUAAAGAACCCGAACUUCUUUAUCUAGACUCUUUCCAAUCAAAAAGGAAAGUUACAUUUGUUUUUCAGAUUUGGAUGCUGACGUUGAUGUUGGCUUGUGCCUUAAUGCAUGCUUCGAUUUCUUCAUAA